AUGACGGCCGCGAAGAACAAAUACAGCCUGUUUAGAGUUCAAGAGGAGCGGAACAUCGCCCGGCGCGAGCAGGAGCUCAAGGAUGCAGACGUCAACAAGUACUACACCGUGCAGAAGGCGAUGGAGUCGGGGAUGCGCAACAUGGAGAAGGACCGGGACAGGCGCAAGCUCCGAGAGGCCCGCGAGCGCGAGUUCGAGGCCGAGGUGCUGCAAUCCGUGUACGAGGCGCAGCGCAUGGCGGAGCUGCGCGCGAAGCAGGCGGAGGACCGGGAGCGGCUGGCGGGGGCGCUGGCGGAGCGGCAGCGCGCGCGGGAGUGCAAGGUCCGCGAGGUGCAGCAGCUGCGGCUCGAGAGCGAGGAGCUGCGGUGGCUGCAGGAGAAGAUCCGGACGGCGCAGAUGGCGCACGACCGGCAGGUGCAGCUGCAGGAGGCGCAGGUGCUGCGCGGGCGGGAGGAGGAGUACUCGCGCGUGCAGGACGAGGCGAUGGCGGAGCGGCUGGCCGGGGAGCUGGCGCGGGAGGAGGAGGAGAAGCGCGUGCGGCACGAGGUGAUGCUGCAGGCGCGGCGCGUGCUCGAGGAGCAGAUGGAGGAGCGCCGCGAGGCGCAGCGGCUGGCGCGGGAGGAGUUCGAGCGGGAGCGCGCGCUGGUGGACGAGAUCGCGCGGAGCGUGGAGGCGGAGGAGGCGGCGGAGGGCGAGGCGAAGCGCCGGAAGCAGGAGGAGGCGCGCGAGUACAUCCGGCGGUUCCUCCUCGAGCAGGAGAAGCUGCGGGCGGAGCGGGAGGAGCGCGAGCGCGCGGAGGAGGAGGAGAUCCUGCGGUACGCGGCCAUGGUGCGGGCGCGCGAGGCCGAGGAGGAGGAGCGCCGGAACCAGAAGCAGGCCGCGGCGGACCGCGUGUACGAGGAGCAGAAGGCGCGCAUGGAGGGCGAGAUGGCGCGGCGGGAGGAGGAGGAGCGGCUGAUCAACCUCAUGCGCGAGGAGGAGGAGUCGGAGCGCCACCGCCUCGCGGAGGAGGCCGACGCCGCGCGGCGCGAGGCCAUGAAGCGCGAGAUGCUCGAGGCGAACGAGUACCAGCGCGCGCUGCGCAUCAAGCGGCUGCAGCAGGAGAAGGAGGAGGAGGAGGAGUUCCGCCGAAAGAUGCUCGAGAAGUUCGCCGAGGACGAGCGCAUCGAGCAGCUCAACGCGCAGCGGCGGCGGCAGAAGCAGCUCGAGCACCGGCGCGAGGUGGAGCGGCUCGUGGCGCUGCGGCGCGAGCUGUACGAGCGCGCGGUGGCGCUCGAGGAGGAGGACCGCGCCGCCGAGCAGGCGCGCGACGCCAGGAAGCAGGCUCUGAUCGAGGAGGAGCGCCGGCGGCUGCUGCGGGAGGCGGCGCACCUCAAGGACUUCUUCCCGAAGGGCGUGCUGCAGCAGCUCGAGGACCUGCAGCUCGUCAGCGACGCGGCUGCAGGGAAGGCCUGA